CUUGAUGGUCCCUAAUCGACAAAAAAAAAUUUAUAAGUAAUGGCAUAACGGGUUUCAGACCUUACUACCUGCACAAUGAAAAACUCAGUCUUGUUCUUUUCCUUCCUUCUUGUUCUCCCUUUUGCUACCUCACUCCACUUUAAAAUCUCUCGUUUCAUACAAGGUGAUCCAAGCAUAACUUACCAAGGAGACGCUACACCAAAUGGCGCCAUCGAACUGAACAGUGCUGAUUAUACUUGUCGUGUUGGUUGGGCUACUUAUGCUAAAAAAGUUGCUAUUUGGGAUCCUAAAACAGAGAGGGCUACCGACUUCACAACAAGUUUCACCUUCAAGAUUGAUACGCGUAAGCGUAACUUAACAGAGUUUGGCCAUGGGUUUGCUUUCUUUCUUGCCCCACAAGGCAUCCAUAUCUUUCCCAAUUCAGCUGGUGGUUUCUUAGGUCUCUUUAACGAAACCAACGGCUACUCAUCUCGGUUUCCGCUCGUGCAUAUCGAAUUUGAUACUUUCUAUAAUAACCAAUGGGAUCCUUUUGACAUUACGUCUCAUGUUGGGAUCAACAAUAACUCGCUUGCUUCCUCUAACUACACUUCUUGGAACGCAAGCUUGCACAGCCAAGAAACAUGCCAUGCACGGAUCACGUAUGAUUCUACUUCUAAAAACUUGAGCAUCGCUUGGAGUUAUGAAGGAACAUCUCAUCCUUCAAGCCUUUCCUACAUCAUUGACCUUGCCAAGGUGCUUCCUGCGGAAGUUACCAUUGGCUUUUCGGGGUCUACAGGAGCAAAAAUGGAAGCACAUAGGAUCUUGUCUUGGGAGUUCAACUCAACCUUGGAUGCAGCAGAACCUAGAGAGAGAACUCAAAAUAUGACAGGCAUCAUUGUUGGUGUUUCUCUUGCUGGGUUUGUCCUGUUGACCUCUUUGGUUGCUGCUGCGUUUGCAUUGUUCCGGAAGAGGAAGCAAAGAAAGGAGAGAGCAGGGAAGACAGAAAACUUGACAUCGCUACACGAAGAUCUUGAAAGAGGAGCAGGACCAAGAAGGUUUUCUUAUAAAGAUCUUGCUUCUGCUACAAGCAACUUCCUAUAUGAAAGAAAGUUGGGUGAAGGAGGGUUUGGAGCAGUUUAUAAAGGAUACUUAAAUGAGCUGGAUACAAUGGUCGCUGUGAAGAAGUUUUCCGGUGCUUCUAAACAGGGAAAGAAAGAGUUCAUCACGGAGGUUAAGAUCAUCAGCAGCUUGAGACAUCGAAACCUUGUUCUACUCAUUGGUUGGUGUCAUGAGAAACAAGAGCUUCUCCUUGUAUAUGAGUUCAUGCCAAAUGGUAGCCUUGACUCACACCUAUUCGGUAAGAAACCUCAUCUCAGAUGGGCUGUUAGGUGCAAGAUAUCUCUAGGUGUAGCCUCUGCGUUGCUUUACCUUCACGAGGAGUGGGAGCAAUGCAUUGUCCACAGGGACAUUAAGGCAAGUAAUAUAAUGCUCGACUCAAACUUUAAUGCCAAGCUAGGUGACUUUGGGUUGGCUAGGUUGAUGGAUCACGAACUAGGUCCCCAGACUACAGGAUUGGCUGGAACUUUUGGUUACAUGGCUCCUGAAUACAUAAGCACCGGAAGGGCAAGCAAAGAAUCUGACGUCUAUAGUUUUGGAAUUGUAUUGGUGGAGAUUGUUACAGGAAAAAAGUCAGUGGAGCCGAGACAAGGAAAAGUUGAGCCUGAAGCAAGUCUUGUAGAGAGGGUAUGGGAUCAGUACGGAAGAGGAGAACUUAUCUCAGCCAUUGAUCAUCAAAUGGGUAAAGAUUUUGAUAUGAAACAAGCAGAGUGCCUUAUGAUUGUAGGGUUGUGGUGUGCUCACCCUGAUAUAAACUCUAGGCCUUCGAUAAAGCAGGCGAUCCAGGUGUUGAAUUUUGAGGCACCAUUGCCUAAUCUGCCACACAAAAUGCCUAUUGCUACUUAUCAUGUGUCAUCAAUCUCCGGUGGAGUAGCAACAACGUCCUUUUCUAGCGCUCAACUUGGUCGCUGACUACUCUCUGUAUCCCUUUGCUCUAUUUCAUCUGUUGUUAUCAUAUAAAUAAACAUGUUGUUCUCUGUAGAGUGAAUGCGUGAUUAUUUAUUGUGGACUUAUCUCUGUCUUCUGCACUUGGUUGCAGUUCCAUUGUGUUCCGUCUGUAAUAAAAGUUUCUUCUACAAGUAUAUGUUCUCUUGUCUCAGUAUGGUUUUGAAUUCUGUUUGUUUCUUCUUCUUUUUUUUCUCAUCUUCUGUUUGUUUCUUUAGUAAGUGAAAAGGGUUAUGGGAAUGUUUGUUGAGUCGACUGUUAGAAGAUCCGUUUAGAAGAAAAAGAAAGCUUUAACAUAUUUUAAAUACAGUUUUUUUUUUGUUAGCUUCUUAUAUUCUUAUAUUAAACAUGCAGGCUAAUUUGGUAGAAACAGACUCGUCUAAUACAAAAUACAUUCGGUCCAAAACAAAACCCGAGAUCUCAAUAAUAUUACUCUCUCUGGUUCAAGAUAGAUAAUAUUUUAAGUGAUUUUUGUUGUUUCACAACAGAUGGUG